GGGGCGCGGGACAGGCUCUGUUGGGGUCCGGGCGUGGGCGGCGAGCGACGCGUGCGGGGCUCAGCCCGUGGCGACAGCGGCGGCGGCCGCUCCGGGUGUCCGCGGCGGCAGCAGCAGCAGAAGCGGCUGUCCCCAACCAUGCUGUGCUAUGUGACCAGGCCGGACGCGGUGGUGAUGGAGGUGGAAGUAGAGGCGAAAGCCAACGGCGAGGACUGCCUCAAUCAGGUUUGCAGAAGGUUGGGGAUUAUAGAAGUUGAUUAUUUUGGACUGCAGUUCACUGGCAGCAAAGGGGAGAAUCUAUGGCUGAAUUUGAGGAACAGGAUCUCCCAGCAGAUGGAUGGUUUAGCCCCUUACCGAUUGAAAUUGAGAGUCAAGUUUUUUGUUGAGCCACAUCUUAUCUUACAAGAACAGACAAGGCAUAUGUUUUUCUUGCAUAUAAAAGAAGAUCUUCUUGCUGGUAAUCUCCAGUGUUCUUCAGAGCAUGCAAUUGAACUUAGUGCAUUGUUGGCACAGAUGAAGUUUGGAGAUUAUAACCAGAACACUGCCAAGUACAAUUAUGAAGAGUUGUGUGCAAAAGAGCUCACCACUACCAUUUUGGAGAGCAUUAUUACAAAGCACAAGGAGCUAGAAGGUCUAAGUCAAGCAUCUGCUGAAUACCAGAUUCUACAGAUUGUUACAACACUGGAGAACUAUGGGGUAGAGUGGCACUCAGUAAGAGAUAGUGAAGGGCAAAAACUCCUUAUUGGUGUUGGACCUGAAGGCAUAUCCAUCUGCAAAGAUGACUUCAGUCCAAUCAACAGGAUUGCUUAUCCUGUUGUUCAAAUGGCAACUCAGUCUGGAAAGAAUGUAUAUCUGACUGUUACCAAGGAGUCUGGUAAUAGCGUGGUUCUCUUGUUUAAAAUGAUCAGUACAAGGGCAGCAAGCGGACUCUACAGAGCAAUUACAGAGACACAUGCAUUUUACAGGUGUGACACUGUCACCAGUGCUGUCAUGAUGCAGUAUAGUCGAGACUUAAAGGGUCACCUAGCAUCUCUAUUUCUGAAUGAAAACAUUAAUCUUGGUAAAAAAUAUGUCUUUGAUAUUAAAAGAACAUCAAAAGAAGUUUAUGAUCAUGCAAGGCGAGCUCUUUAUAAUGCUGGCAUUGUGGAUCUUGUUUCAAGAAGUGAUCAAACCCCACCAAGUUCCCCUCUUAAGUCUUCAGAAAGCAGCAUGAACUGUGACAACUGUGAGGGUCUCAGCUGCCAACAAACAAAAGCCCUGCAAGAGAAGCUGCGGAAGCUGAAGGAGUCCAUGCUUUGUAUGGUGUGUUGUGAAGAAGAGAUAAAUUCAACCUUUUGUCCCUGUGGCCACACAGUUUGCUGCAAGUCCUGUGCUUCCCAGUUACAGUCGUGUCCCGUUUGCAGAUCUCGUGUAGAGCAUGUCCAGCAUGUGUACUUGCCAACCCACACCAGUCUUCUCAAUCUGACUGUGAUAUGAUCUAUGUACACAUUUCAAAUGCAUCGUGUACUCUUCAAACUGCACUAAUAAGAAAUGCAACCAUUGAUUGUGAAGAAGGCAAUCACUCUGGCACCUAUCCAUGAUCAAAAGCAAAAAAAAAAAAACCUGGAUUUUUUUAACAUAAAUAUUCUUUGUUCAGCAUGUCCAAAAUGGUUUGGGACGUCUUCUAAGAGUAGAAGUGUAAUUGAUUCAUGUUCUUUAAGGAAUGAUCCAUAAGUUUGUAGCACGGCAGUGUUGCCACAAAGCUUGGUAACCCUGGAGAAAUGUGGUGUAGACAUGCAAAUGUACCUGGUGAAAGCAAUGCAGCCUUUUCUUUUACAUGCUCUAAAUCCUUUUUAGCUCAGUUGUACUGUUUAUUUUAAUAGUAAGACUUGCUUUUACACAUACCAGUUUAGUAAGGCUCAUAGCUUCUGCUUUUAGUAAAUUGCUUUAAAGAGAUCUCUUUUUAAAAAAUUAGUUCUUAAGCUGAAGUUAUAAGGCUUCAAUUCAGAAUUCUGUUAAAUAGAAAACAAUUCUGAGAGAAUAGCUUUGGAAAGGGAGGACAAGAUUAUUAAUCUUCAAGUGUUGAGGGUGAGUCAGGAAAGUCUUGUGGUUGCCAGUGUCCUGUGGAAGCACUGCUAUGGCAGUUCAUUCACAGCUCUCAGUGGGCAGGGUACUCCCGAGUUUCCCACAGUCCACUUCUGGCUGGUGGUCUUGGAAGCGGCAGGGAACUGCCCUUCAAGUUGGCUUUAUUUUUGGAGACUGAUUUUAAACUAUGAAACAUGCACCAUUAAUCUUUAAGGGUUUUGUCUAAUUUUGAAUGCUUUCUUCAGUUAGCAUCUUUAGCAGGAAAUUACCUACCCAAUAAAGUGUUUUUGAUUUCCAACCCCUUACUUGGGCAUUUUGGCCUCUGGUUUCCUAGUGUCUUCUCCAGGGUACAGAGAGAACUGGAGACCAUAUUUGGGUGCAAUACUGGCUUAAUCAAAGCUAGAAAAGUACACUGUCACUUUACAGAAAUUCUCUGACUAUACUUUUCAUAUUGCCUUAAUGUAGCAGUAAUGUGUGUUUAUGCAUCUGUUUCUUUGCACAGACAUUUUGUCAAAAUAUUAAAACUCUACUUUUUUAUGACACAUUAGCAUAUAAACCUUACUCUAAGAGGGUAUUUAUUUUUUCACUUUGUAAAGAAAAUUUUGUUUCCUCAUGAAGCAAGAGCUUUGUCCUAUAUUGUAGGCAGCUUCUGUCUUUUUUAUAUUCAGAUUAAUAAAGGACUUUAAAAAAAUC